AAUUUUACACAUUACAGUUAUAACUUAAAUACUGUUCAAGAAAAACUUAAAUAGCGUUCACAGAAUGGGCCAAGGCCCCACAUACUCCUGUAGAAACAAUCGGGUCAAGGCCCAUUUUAAACCAUGGAUGUAGAUGAAUCAAUCAUCCAACAAUUCUGAUUAACACACACUCGGAUCGCUAAUCACUUUGUUUCCAAAUUCGAAGAAGAAGAAGAAUAAAAAUGGGAUCUUCGAGGUUUAGCGGCGAUGAAACGGCACCGUUUUUCGGCUUCCUCGGCGCUGCAGCUGCCUUAGUCUUCUCAUGUAUGGGUGCAGCUUACGGUACAGCGAAAAGUGGUGUAGGAGUAGCGUCGAUGGGUGUAAUGCGUCCAGAAUUGGUAAUGAAGUCUAUUGUUCCAGUUGUUAUGGCUGGAGUUUUGGGUAUUUAUGGGUUAAUUAUUGCUGUUAUUAUUAGUACUGGGAUUAAUCCUAAAACGAAGUCCUAUUAUUUAUUUGAUGGAUAUGCUCAUCUUUCAUCUGGUCUUGCCUGUGGUCUUGCUGGUCUUUCUGCCGGUAUGGCUAUUGGAAUCGUUGGUGAUGCCGGUGUUAGAGCUAAUGCACAGCAGCCAAAGCUUUUUGUUGGAAUGAUUCUGAUCCUUAUUUUUGCUGAAGCCUUGGCUCUUUACGGCCUUAUUGUUGGUAUCAUCCUUUCUUCUCGCGCUGGUCAAUCUAGAGCAGAGUAGAGAAAGAGUGCACCUGUUUUAUAUUUGUGAAGUAUCUUUGUUUUUCUUACACGUCGGACAAGCUAGUCUGGCUGUUGAAAUCACUUUUUUGUUAGUGUUGGCCUCUGACAUUAUGUAUUUUUGAUUGCUUUGGCUAGAAGAAUUGGUUCGUUUGUGCCAAUCAGCUGUAGAUUAGAUCUCUCAAUAAAGAUACUAUCAACUUUUCUGAUGCUCCAUUUUUCAAAUACAAUAAUUGGAUUGCUGUAAAA